GCGCUGGGUUCAGUGACUCUGGUAGGUUGUGGCUGUAGAUGUGCGUGCGGGCGCCUUUCCAAACACCCCCAGAUCACCGGAGGGACCUGGUCCAAACCUGUCUGACAUUCAAGGCUGCUCUGUCAAACUUACAUUUAUACAGGGUUUGAGCGAGACUGAGUGGGUGAAAACUGACUGCUCAUCAAUGAAUUGUUGGGGCCUAAUAAUAAAAUAUAUGAAAUUUAAUUCUGGAAAGGGUUGUUGCAAAAAUUGUCGGUCGUGGAAAUCGGGGAAAGCGUGCGAGGCGAGGACGUGUACAUCGUGCAGAGUGGUUGUGGCGAAAUUAACGACAACCUGAUGGAGCUGCUAAUCAUGAUCAACGCCUGCAAGAUCGCCUCCUCGUCCCGCGUCACCGCCGUCAUCCCCUGCUUCCCCUACGCCCGGCAGGACAAGAAGGACAAGAGUCGGGCGCCCAUAUCAGCCAAGCUGGUGGCAAACAUGUUGUCCGUGGCCGGCGCGGACCACAUCAUAACCAUGGACCUCCACGCCUCGCAGAUCCAGGGCUUUUUCGACAUCGCCGUAGACAACCUGUACGCAGAGCCUGCUGUUCUGCAGUGGAUCAGAGAAAACAUUCCUGAGUGGAAAAACUGCAUCAUCGUGUCCCCAGAUGCCGGUGGAGCAAAACGCGUGACGUCCAUCGCGGACCGUCUGAACGUGGACUUUGCUCUCAUCCACAAGGAGCGGAAGAAGGCCAACGAAGUGGACCGCAUGGUGCUGGUGGGCGACGUCAAGGACCGCGUGGCCAUCCUGGUGGACGACAUGGCCGACACCUGCGGCACCAUCUGCCACGCCGCAGACAAGCUAAUUGAUGCCGGAGCGAUAAAGGUCUACGCCAUCCUCACACACGGCAUUUUCUCUGGUCCAGCCAUCUCUCGCAUCAACAACGCCCCGUUUGAGGCCGUGGUGGUGACCAACACCAUCCCACAGGAAGAGAAGAUGAAGGCGUGCCCCAAAAUACAGGUCAUCGACAUCUCCAUGAUCUUGGCGGAGGCGAUCAGAAGAACCCACAAUGGCGAGUCAGUGUCCUACCUCUUCAGCCACGUACCCUUGUAAGGAGCGAGAGAGGGGAUGGCCCCUGCCCCCCCUACCCCCCGUUCAGGCCACUCGGCUGGCACUUUCGGUCACAUGUCCUCCAGAAAGGCUCGAAAUGGCCUGAUGGUUUUUGGCCAACCGCAGGUGGCUGUUUAAUGGUCAAUCCCACACAUUGUCUUUGACAUUUUCACCCAGGGGACAGAGCGAAAUAUCACUUCCUUCUCUGAAGACCAAGUUUGUAUUUAUGAGUAUCUUUUUUUUUUCUCUCUUUCCCUCUCUCCGUUUAUUUUUUCCUCGUUUCGGUUUCAGUCUCGCCAGCCUUGAAUAGCAGAGGCCUGGCCUUCACUUUAACCAAAGGGUCCUUUAUGUAACAUUAUGUAUUAUUUGAACCUCACCUUAAAAGAAGCAUUCCACGGCAUCUUGUGAUUUCAAAUACUUUGGCCCUCUUCUGCUUUGCAAAAUAAUAAAAAGUAGCAAAAAAAUGUGAACAUGUGCACCUUUUCCCCCCAAGUGUAUGCUCUAACAGAUGCUAAAAGUAUUAAAAUAAUAUAGCUCUAGCCUAACCCUUAAGUAGCGAAAGCUCUAUGGACUUUGAUUGUAAUACUAGUUUAUGCUUAGCGCUAUCAACAGCUGCACCACGAGUCAAAUUGUGAUGAUGUGACCACAGACGGAAAAGAGUAAAAUUGACGACUGAACACACUUGAUUAAUCAAGUUAGGUCUUUUUUUUUUUUUUACUUUAGUGAUCUGUGCUGAAUGUGCUUCUUGCAUCUCUGGCAGUGUCAUUUCUCCCAGUAGGCUAUAAUCACCCAGUGGUGGCACAUCUAUAUAACGCCCUUCUCUCCUUCAGUACCUCUUAUUGUGCUAAAAAUAUAUCGAAUCUAAGAGCCGCUCUCCGAACGGGUCCGUUGUCGAUUUAAGAGUGUUUAAUGCGAGGUGUUUUGGCUGCUUUACCCGUGUUCCAUAAGGUCAUGAAAAGCAACUGAGCCCAAAGCUUGGUUAUGGCGUUGGGAUUUCUCGACAUGAUUUGUCAUGCAAAUAGUGUAAUUGUCACAGCUGUAAUGGGUCACUUCUGUUCGAUGAGGCAGGUUUCACUGUUUUCCUGUAAGAGGAGAUAAAGUUGGUAAAAAGGCGUAAUUUUUUUUUUUU